AUGGACACGAUCACCAAGCGCUUCGAUCAAGUGGAACAAAACACGAAAGGAGCCGCAUCUGCUUCUUCAUUUGAGGAACAGUCAGCGAUUCAGCAAAACCAGUGGAGAGAGUUUCAGAUGCAAUCCAAGGAAGUACCAGCCACGAUAGAUGCCCUAAACAUCCUGCAACUUCAGGAAGACAUCAGCGAACUCAAGGCAAUUCUCAUGGACCUGAAUUUCCGGAAUGUGGUUGAGAAAGGCCCAUAA